GAAGGACACGGUGUGGGCUUAGAUUCCUAAACAUAAAAGUGUACUGACUCUCUCUCUCUCUCCCCACUGAAAUGGCAUUUAUUUCACACACUUUCCUAACCUGCUCCUAAUUUUCCUUUGCUAUAUAUUCUCUGUCUCUCUCUGUUGAUCUCCAAGGUGGUACAAGCUUGAGGGCUCCAACAAGACCAGCUUGAUAUCUAUCGGCAAAGUUUCUCUUAUUUUAAUCAUGGGUUUGUACCGUUAAACUUGUUUUGAGUUAUAGUUGUUAUGAUUGAGUUUUGUUAAUGAUGUAAAAUUUGAGAACUUUAUUAGUUUGAUGGAAUUGUGGGAUUGUUGUGAUUGUGAGUACGGUGGUGUUUUUGUUGAUGAUUUUGAGGGAAUAAGUGGGUGAUUGAAGGGUUUUGAGCAUGUGGGUAGCUAUUGUUUUUUAUCCAUGAAUGUGUUGGUGUACUAUAUAUGGAGUUCUGGGGGCAUAGAGAGGAUAAAGACAAAGACUUUUUUUUGGGGGGCUUGAGUUUAAUUUUUGUGGGGUUUUUAUGUUAGUAAUUUCUAGCUGGAAUUGAACGUUGACCUUUUUAAGUUUAAUUGGGUUUUUGUUCAAUUGGGUAGCUAAUUUUGCUAGAAUUGGAAUCUGGGUGUUUUGACUUUUUCUGUGUUUUUGGAAAUUUUGAUAAAUGGAGGCUCAAUUUGGAGGUAAGGCUAAUCAAUUCUUUGGUCCUGUGGUGCCGGAUUUGAAGGCGGUUGGGAAAAAGAGUUUGGAAUGGGAUUUGAAUGACUGGAAAUGGGAUGGCGACCUUUUUAGAGCUAGUCCAUUAAAUUCUGCACCAUCUGAUUGUAGGAGUAGGCAGUUAUUUCCAGUUGGGACAGAAAUUCCAGAAAAUAUUGUUUUGUCGAACAGUUUGUCGUCUGGUUCGGAUGAUGUUAAUCCGGCGAAUGGUGUGGGAAGGAGGGAAUUGGAGAAGAGGAGGAGGGCUGUGGCUGUUGAAGAUGAAGAGUUAAAUGAUGAAGAUGGGUCCCUUAACUUAAAGCUUGGUGGGCAAGUUUACCCUAUCAUGGAAGGGGAGUUAAAGAGUGGGAAGAAGACAAAGAUAGUUGGGAAUUCUUCAAACCGUGCGGUUUGUCAGGUGCAGGAUUGUAGGGCUGAUCUCAGCAAUGCCAAGGAUUACCACCGCCGACAUAAGGUUUGUGAUGUGCAUUCCAAGGCCAGCAAAGCACUGGUGGGAAACAUUAUGCAGCGGUUCUGUCAGCAGUGUAGCAGGUUUCAUGCUCUUCAAGAGUUUGAUGAGGGAAAGAGAAGUUGUCGUAGACGGUUGGCUGGUCAUAAUAGGAGGAGGAGGAAAACACAUCCUGACACUGUAGUUAAUGGAGGCUCUCUGAAUGCUGAAAGGGGUAGCAGUUAUCUAUUGAUAAGUUUGCUGAGGAUUCUCUCUAAUUUGCACUCAAAUGGCUCAGAUCAAAACAAGGACCAGGAUCUGUUAUCUCAUCUGUUGAAGAACCUGGCCAGUCUAGCUGGUACGGUUGAUGGAAGGAACAUAUCUGCAUUAUUGGAGGGAUCUCAAGGUUUGCUUAAUGCUGGGACAUCUAAUGGGGCUCCACAAAAGGUGACAGAUGUUACUCCAAAUGGUUCAGAACCCUCUAGGCCUUUUAGUUCAGCCUUAAAGAUGGAUGAUUGCAUCAACCUUCAUGACCAUUCUCGGCCUAUGGGAAAAUGUGUGACAGUAUCUGCAUCUGAUGUAGCUCAGAAAAGAAUAUCUUCAGAUGAUGCUGGGGGUAGACAUGUACAAGCUCUAUCGGGUCUACAGCACAUGAAUCCGCCUCCUUCAAAGGAUGGCCUUCCAUCCAAAUCAAUAUCAGAGACUACAAAUGGGAGGAUCAAAUUUAAUAACAUUGAUUUGAAUAAUCUAUGUGAUGAUUCAGAGGGCCAUGUGGAGAAUAUAGGGAAGUCUCACGCCCUUGUAAAUUCUGGGACUGGGCUUCUUGGCCAUCCGUUAUGGGUACAGCAUGACUCUCUCAAGUCUAGCCCACCUCAGACUAGUGGCAACUCAGAUUCAACUUCUUCACAGUCACCAUCUAGUUCCAGUGGAGAGGCUCAGGUUCGCACGGAUCGAAUAGUUUUCAAACUCUUUGGGAAAGACCCGAAUGAUUUUCCUCUUGCUCUCCGAACCCAGAUUCUCGACUGGUUAUCCCACAGUCCUACUGACAUUGAGAGCUAUAUAAGGCCAGGCUGUAUCAUAUUAACAAUGUACCUCCGUCUAGAAAAAUCCACAUGGGAGGAGCUCUGCUGUGAUCUGGGAUCCUAUCUAAGAGAGCUACUUGAUGCAUCCAACGACUCUUUCUGGAGAACAGGAUGGGUGUAUACUAGGGUGCGACAUUCUGUAGCAUUUAUGUAUAAUGGUCAGGUUGUCUUAGACACACCCUUACCUCUUAAAAACCAGAAAAGUUGCAGAAUUUCAAGCAUCAAGCCUAUUGCUGUUUCUGAAUCUGAGAGAGUUCAGUUUGUCGUAAAAGGCUGUAACCUAUUCCGGUCCAGUGCUAGGUUACAUUGUGCUCUAGAAGGCAAGUAUCUGAUCCAGGAAACUUGUAAUGAGUUGAUGGACAGUGCUGAUACAGCCAUUGAGCACAAUGAACUCCAGUGCCUCAGCUUCCCCUGUUCUAUACCAAAUGUUACUGGGAGAGGAUUCAUUGAGGUUGAAGAUCAUGGUCUCAGCAGCAGCUUCUUUCCAUUUAUAGUUGCUGAGCAAGAAGUGUGUUCUGAGAUCUGUAUGCUGGAGGGCGCAAUUGAGGUGGUUGAAACUGCUGAUGACAUUCAGAGAGUACCUGCACUGCUGGAAGCAAAGACUCAAGCCCUGGACUUUAUACAUGAAAUGGGUUGGCUGCUUCAUAGAAGUCAUGUGAAAUUCAGGCUAGGUCACAUGGAUCCAAACCAGGAUCUCUUCCCCUUCAAGCGGUUCAAGUGGCUCAUGGAAUUCUCCAUGGACCAUGACUGGUGUGCUGUAGUGAAGAAACUCUUGGGAAUUCUGUUUGAGGGUGCAGUUGGUACAGGAGAGCAUCCUUCUGUUGAGCUUGCUUUGUUGGAUUUGGGUCUCCUCCACACAGCUGUCUGGCGAAACUGCAGGCCUAUUGUGGAACUCCUGUUAAGAUUUGUUCCAGAUAAAGUUUUGGAUAAAGCAGGAUCUCAGGGGAAGCAACAGGUUGAUAAGGGCAUCAAUGGCUUCUUAUUUAAACCUGAUAUUUUAGGGCCUGCAGGGCUUACUCCACUUCACAUUGCAGCUAGCAAGGAGGGCUCUGAGAAUGUGUUGGAUGCCUUAACUGAUGAUCCUGGAUUGGUUGGAAUUAAAGCAUGGAAGAGUGCUCGUGAUAGUACGGGUUUGACACCCAAUGAUUAUGCAUGCCUGAGAGGCUACUACUCCUAUAUCCAUCUUGUGCAGAAGAAAAUCAGCAACAAAUCAGAAAACAGUCAUGUGGUGCUUGAUAUCCCUGGUGCUCUCCUGGAUUGUAACACCAAACGGAAGCAAUCAGAUAGGCAUAAGUUGUCGAAAGUUGCCAGCUUGCAAACUGAGAAGGUUGAAAUGGGAGUAAGUUGUCGACAUUGCAAGGUAUGUGAGCAGAAGCCGGCUUAUGGCAAUAUGAGAAGAUCACUAGUAUACAAGCCGGCAAUGCUCUCAAUGGUCACUAUUGCGGCUGUUUGUGUUUGUGUGGCUUUACUCUUCAAAAGCUCACCUCAAGUUCUUUACGUGUUCCAGCCCUUUAGGUGGGAAUUGUUGAAGUACGGGUCAAGCUAAGGUGGUUAAUCUGUAUCUUUUAUAGAUUGUAGGCUAAAUUUCUUUUUUCUUUCUCUCCCCCCUCUUUUCCAUCCUAAUUUCAAAAGAGCAAUGUAAAAUCCCUAAUGAUAUUUGUGGGUUUAGAUAUCAGUGAAAAAUACUGUAUAUGUAUUACUGAGUUCAUUUCAAAUAUAUAUAGGGAAAAAUUUUCAAUUAGAAA